AUGGGGGUUAGGGUUGGGAUGUCUGAUGAGAGGUUUCAGGUAGUGGUCCACCACGGGGGGACCUUGAUAAAAGACGUUUCGUUUAAGUAUAUAGGUGGGGAGAUAACAUAUUGGGAGGUUGACCCCGACAAAUGGUGUUAUUUUGGAAUAGUAGGUUCACUUAAGCACAUGGGUUACAUGGAAGUAGCAGAGUUAUAUUACAGUGUUCAACAUGUAUUACACAAGUUGUAUGAUGAUAAAGGAGCUAUGAACAUGCUGAAUGUGGCUCGUUAUUUAGAUAAAGUAAACCUGUAUGUUGUACAUGGGGUGGAUAAUCCAGAGAUAGUAGAAAAUGAUGUGAAUGAUGUGAUGUAUUUGUGUGAAGGACCAACAGACAGUGGUGAGGGUAGUGGGGUUGGGGACGAAGAAGUCGAACAACAUAAGGGUACUGAUGAUGGAUUGGAUGUUGAUAAUGAGGGUGGAGCUGAGGUUCAUAGUGAUGGGGUUAAGGCUCCAUUAGUGGUUGAGAAUGAGUGUGAAGGUGGAGAUGAGGUUGAGAAAGAAGAAGUGGCAGUUGGCAAUGAGGACGUUGGUGUUGAGGCUGCAUUAGAGGUUGAGAAUGAGGGUGGAGCUGAGGUUGAGAAUGAGGGUGGAGCUGAUGUUCAGAAUGAGGCUGCAUUAGAGGUUCAGAAUGAUGAAGAAGAAGAAGAAGUUGAGAUUGAUAAAGAAGCAGCGCAUAGUGAUGAAGAAGAAGUAGUUGAGACUGAUGAAGAAGUGGAAGUUGAAAGUGAGGAUGAACCAGGAAUAGAGGAUUUAAGUGGUGAUGAGUACGUGGAAGAAGGCAGUGAUGCUGAAGCACAACUAAUUGGAAGGGGUUUGUCAGAUGGAGAAUGA